GCCGGGCAGCGGGGCUGGUGCGCCAGCUGGGUGCGAGCGGACUGAGCACCGAGGCUUUCGCGGAGAUAAUGGAGGGCGAGCCGCAGCCUAAGGAGCGACCCGACGGCCAUGGAGGCUGAAGAGACGAUGGAAUGCCUUCAGGAGUUCCCUGAACAUCAUAAAAUGAUCCUGGACCGAUUGAAUGAACAGCGAGAGCAGGACCGGUUUACUGACAUCACCCUGAUUGUCGACGGGCACCAUUUUAAGGCCCACAAGGCUGUUUUGGCUGCUUGCAGUAAGUUCUUCUACAAAUUCUUUCAGGAAUUUACUCAGGAACCUUUGGUGGAGAUAGAAGGUGUCAGUAAGAUGGCCUUUCGUCAUUUAAUUGAGUUCACGUAUACAGCGAAGUUAAUGAUACAAGGAGAAGAAGAAGCCAAUGAUGUGUGGAAAGCAGCAGAAUUUCUACAAAUGCUAGAAGCCAUCAAAGCCCUUGAAGUCAGGAACAAAGAAAAUGCAGCUCCACUUGAGGAAAAUAACGCAGGAAAAAAUGAGGCAAAAAAAAGAAAGAUUGCAGAAACUUCCAAUGUUAUCACUGAGUCAUUGCCAUCUGCAGAAUCAGAACCUGUUGAAAUUGAGGUGGAGAUUGCCGAAGGCACAAUUGAAGUGGAAGAGGAAGGCCUCGAAACGUUAGAGGAAGUGGCUUCUUCCAAGCAGUCCAUAAAGUACAUUCAGAGCACAGGUUCCUCUGAUGAUUCUGCUUUAGCUCUGUUGGCGGAUAUUACCAGCAAAUACCGUCAAGGUGAUAGAAAAGGGCAGAUUAAAGAAGAAGAUGGCUGUGCAGCAGACCCCACAAGCAAACAGGUAGAAGGUAUUGAAAUUGUGGAACUUCAGCUGUCACAUGUGAAGGACUUGUUCCAUUGUGAGAAAUGUAACCGUUCAUUUAAAUUGUUUUACCAUUUUAAGGAGCACAUGAAAUCACACUCCACUGAGAGUUUCAAGUGUGAAAUAUGCAAUAAAAGGUAUCUUCGGGAGAGCGCCUGGAAACAGCACCUCAAUUGUUACCACCUUGAAGAAGGUGGAGUCAGUAAGAAGCAAAGAACUGGAAAAAAAAUUCACAUAUGUCAGUACUGUGAGAAACAGUUUGACCACUUUGGACAUUUUAAAGAGCAUCUUCGAAAACAUACAGGUGAAAAACCCUUUGAAUGUCCAAAUUGUCAUGAACGAUUUGCUAGAAAUAGCACACUCAAAUGUCACCUGACAGCAUGCCAAACUGGAGUGGGGGCAAAAAAGGGAAGAAAGAAGCUUUAUGAAUGCCAGGUCUGUAACAGUGUGUUCAACAGCUGGGACCAGUUCAAAGAUCACUUAGUAAUUCACACUGGAGAUAAACCCAACCAUUGUACUCUAUGUGAUUUGUGGUUUAUGCAAGGAAAUGAAUUAAGGAGGCACCUAAGUGAUACUCACAAUAUUUCAGAGCGUCUAAUAACUGAAGAAGUUCUUUCAGUAGAAACACGUGUGCAAACUGAACCUGUAACAUCAAUGACGAUUAUAGAACAAGUUGGGAAGGUACAUGUACUACCAUUGCUUCAGGUCCAGGUGGAUUCAGCACAAGUGACUGUGGAACAGGUUCAUCCAGAUCUCCUCCAGGACAGCCAAGUACAUGAGUCACAUAUGAGUGAGCUUCCAGAGCAGGUCCAGGUGAGUUAUCUAGAAGUGGGUCGAAUUCAGACUGAAGAAGGUACGGAAGUACAUGUAGAGGAGCUGCAUGUUGAACGGGUAAAUCAGAUGCCAAUGGAAGUACAAACUGAGCUUCUAGAAGCAGACUUGGAUCAAGUGACCCCUGAAAUCAUGAACCAGGAGGAGAGAAAGCCUUGCCAAGCAGAUACUGCUGAGGAUACCAGGGAAGAUCACGAAGAUGCUGAGGGUAUACAGACCAAACCAACAGUGGAUUCUCAAGCUGAAAAGGCAGGGAAUGAGGACAGAACAGCGAUGCCAGUUUUAGAAUGAAAUAACAAAUGAAUAUAUUUUUUAAUUUACAUGUUGGAUUUUUCAACUGAUAUGGGCAGUGUGACUGUCCUUGUUGACAGACAAGUGGACCAAAGUUAACUAUUUCCUGUUGUGCUGACUGUUUCUAUUGAAACAUACUGGUUUCUACCCCACGUAAUGCUACAGAGGAGGGAACUUUCCCAUAAAUGAAUGGGAAACUUUGAGAAGUAUAUAUCUGGAAGCAUAAAUGCAUUAUAUUCUUAUUACAUAGUUGGGUACGAAUGUAUCUAUAUUCAUUGUGGUAAGGGUUCUCCUUUCUCUUUCCCAGGUCAUGUUCUUCCUCAAAUUUUUUUCCCUAUUGUAAAAUCAUUAGAAUACAAGUUUAUGUAUUCUAAUGCAUGUUAGAAAAUUGAAUAUAUAGGAAACAAGGCUGCAUGAAGAAAAGUGCAUUGUUACUGUGCAGUUAAAUUUUGGCUUCUGGCUUCCUUUAGUUUGAAUAAUAUUCUUGUCUACCCCAGUAGUCACAGAUGCCAUCUCUGCAACAGGAACAGAGUGGUGGUGGCAAAAUUUCUAGAAUGUAAAAAAAAACCACACCCACGUGCCUUUUCAAAACAAACUAAGCUUCUGCAAAGCAUCUCUGGUUCUUUCAAAGUUUGUGUGAUAAGGAGCAAUGUAGAUGAUGCUGUAGUGUUUUAUAUUUUUGCUUAUAAAUGUCAACCACCGAUUCUUUUUCAUUUAAGUUAGGUUGAGAAAUUUCAUUUAAUGGCAGCUGAAAGGGCCGUUUUCAAUUGGGAAAAUUCAUUUACAUCUGUGGUAAACUUUAUUUUGA